AUGGAUCACCUUUCUUGGGGAGAUGCAGUGCUCCGUCGGGCCCGCAAAGUGACUGCCAUGCGACUGCGUUCUCUGCUUUUGCCGCUGUUUCGAUCUAGUGCUGCCCUUGUAAAUAACGUGUGCGCCUGUUUCCUCUUCUUCUGCUCGCACUGUGACCACGUGCUACGCUUCAUUGGAAGAAUACUGCCUUGGAUAGCCACCUCGUUGGUAGUUCUUGCGUCUUACACGUAUUUUUUCGUCCUACUUCCUUUGAGCCACUCCCCAGGGCCGUCCGCUUCUCAUUCGCUCCUCCCCGGAAGCCAGCAGCAACAAAAGCACGACUCAUCGACGUGGCAGCAGCUCUUCGCAUCCUGGAUCUCCCCAGAAGCUGCCUUAGCGGCGUGGCUUCUCUUUAACACGCUGUUCAACUACAGAAAGGCCGUGUGCGUAACUCCCGGAUACCCCCCCAUCGCACAUGGGGGGGCCCUACCCCAGCAGCGAGUUGCAAGCUAUGCAGAGCUCUCUGCCCGCUUCUGCAGCACUCCCUUGUCGCUCGCUACUGCUGCAAUACCUCCCGCAGCUUCCGAGAAAGACGUGUCCUCAGAUCUACGAGGUGCCGCCUUACUGGCAGCAGCACCAAACUGCGCUCCUACUGCGGAGUUGAGAAAAAACGAAGCAGAAACUUCCACAGAAGCCGUAUCUGUUGUGUCAGAGCUGAAGCACUGCAACGUUGUUCUUGAUCCUGCUACCGCAUCCACAUGCCCUACUUUUGCCGUUACAAAAGAAGAUAGAGACCUACCCGAGCGCCGCCUCGCCAGCUCCUCCACCUCAAAUGCCACCAACACGCCCACAGAACCGCAAGCUUCUAGCGCUACUUGGCUGGUAUGUGGGAAAUGCAACCGACUCAAGGGCCCUCGCACUCGUCAUUGCAGAGCAUGCGGCAUUUGCGUCGUUCGACAAGACCAUCACUGCCCCUGGAUUUCCCAGUGCGUGGGUGUUCGGAAUGCCCGUUACUUCUUAGGGCUUCUGCUGUUUGGAAGUCUCCUGGCUCUCUUCGGAACUGUCGUCUUCCUGCCUCCAGCAGCAGUCGCCUUAGGUGCCAAGUAUAUUGAGGCGGAUCGGAGGGAGCAUGCUCACGCGCAGGCAGCACUCUUCAGGGCCCUUGCACAGCGUGUCUUGUUGCUGGAGAAAAAGCCCGCUAUUGCCGCUCAGCCUCCAACGGAGGAAGCUCUCCUCGAACCCGCAGAGCUAGCCAGGGAGCACCAGUUGCUGCUUCAACAUCGCUUUUCUGCCAUCCCAAGAGAGGGCCUCCUUGCGAAGGGCAUCCAGAUGCUCCUCCGGUUAGGGGUUGGGCUGCCCCCUGCACCGCCUCCACCCCCCACGCAGCUGCAGCUGAACACUGCAGCGACGCAAGCUUGGAGAGCUGCCGCUGCUGCUGCAUCUGCUUCCCUCGCAGACACAGACGCACAUGCAGCAGCAGCUGGCAAUACCCAGCAGCACGCGCAGCAAGGGGAGCCCUCUGAAGAGGCGAGAUCGCGCGCCUUAGCUGCCGGACUUGCCGCAGCUCGGGAGUCUGUUGCUGCUUCUGCGACUGCCCUUGCGGGCCCCCCCCCCUUCAGUGACAAGGUGUACGCCUUCCUAGAUGCCGCGAUUGCAGCGCAGGGGGGCUGGGCAAUCAGGCAUUUGAUGUUUGCUUCCUUUUGUGUGGCUCUAAACGUCGGCGUUGGGGUGUUUUUCCUCUUGGUCGCGCAUCUGUACUUCGUCUUGUCGAAUCAAACGACGCUCUCGAUCGCGUCCAGUGCCUCCCCGCGUAGCGUGGGUUUGUUCGAGUUCCUGGUGUACCCAUUUGUCUCGGACGAACCCUGCGCAUUUUCUCCGUACAAUAGGGGCUGGCGUAAGAAUAUGGAGCAGGUGCUGGGCCCGAGGCCCCUCCUUGCCAUUCUCUGCCCUUGGGUCAAGUUGCCACAGGAAAUUUUGUUCCAGUAG